CUGUCAAAAAUGGAAAUCAAAAUAUCCAAAUAUAGUAGUACCUUUACAAAUCAACAAGCAUAUCUUGUUCUAGCUAAAAGAGAUUCUGUUUAUGGUCUAUUAACUUCUUCAAAUCAUGAUAGGCCAUAUCACACAACUUGUGGUCAUCAUUUUGCUCUAUAAUAUCCAAAAUUUUCAGUCGCUCACUUGGCUCGCGCUAUAUAUACACUAGUCCAAGUAGCUUUGGUAGUAGAUUUUCACAUACACCUUAUUCCUUGCAAGUAAACAUGUUCAAACUUUUAUUCUUCUUUGCUGUCCUCAUCUUGAGCAGCAAUGCUUCUGUACAAGAUUUUUGUGUAGCAGAUUUAAAAGGACCAGAAUCCCCUGCAGGCUACUCUUGCAAAGCUGUUACUAAAGUCACGGUGAACGACUUCAUGUUCUCGGGACUAAAUGCAGCAGGAAACACCUCAAACAUCAUUAAAGCUGCAGUCUCACCAGCAUUUGCAGCUCAAUUCCCCAGCCUAAAUGGGCUCGGUCUCUCUGCAGCACGUCUCGACUUAGCCCCUGGUGGUGUGAUACGUACUGUACCAUUCCACACUCAUCCCGGUGCUUCUGAGGUCCUACUCGUCGUGCAGGGGUCGAUCACUGCUGCUUUCGUUUCCUCAGCAAAUACUGUUUACUUAAAGACACUCAAGAAAGGUGAACUAAUGGUAUUCCCACAUGGUUUGUUGCAUUUUCAAGUGAAUGCUAGUUAUUCCUCUGUAGCUUAUGUGUUUUUUAGUAGUUCCAAUCCUGGACUUCAAAUAACCGACUUUGCGUUGUUUGCGAACGAUUUGUCUACUAAGUUGGUUGAGGCUACAACAUUCCUUGAUGAAGCUCAAAUCAAGGAGCUUAAGGGUGUGCUUGGAGGCACUGGCUAAAAACUUAAUAGCUAGCUUGCAAUGUGUUUCUCUUUUAUCAGAGUUUUUUGCUUCUUUGUUUUUGACAAUUCAUGGUAACUACUUGCAAUUGUCUUUUUGAUGAUUCUUUCUGUCAAUGCCAUUUUAUUUUGAGCUUAAUAAUUCUUCAACUUUUUCA